UUGUGAUAAUGAAAACGUUACCGGUAUUAAAAGCAACAAGCUGAAGGCAACUGUAAAUAGAAUAACGAAUAAAGAUGUAUGUAUGCAUGAUUUAUCUAGAAAUGUUUUCAAGCUGUGGCUUUUGUUGCCGCAUAAAUGCUUCACGUUUCUUUCAAAAUACAUAUGUAAUAUUCUUUCGUGGCAGCUCUCUAUAAAAAGAGGCCAAAAGCUGUCUUCAAUCAUCAUUCAUCAUACUGCUGUUGGAACCAGAAGAAAACAAGAAAAAAGUUAAUCAUGAAAAUAACCUAUCUUGUCAUCGCUCUUGGAUUGCUUUGCACUUUUGCUUACGCUCAAGCGAAACUUGAAGAUGGGGUUAUGAAAGAAUACGAUGAAAAAACCGCCCCAGUGGAAACUGUCAAGGAAGAAUUUGUAGAAAAUGAUGAUGAAAAUCCAGAAGAAGAAAAUGAUGAUGAAAAUCCAGAAGAAGAAAAUUAUGAUGAAAAUCCAGAAGAAGAAAGUGAUGAUGAAACUGACCCCGAACAUGACUUAGAACAAAGUGAUGAUCGUGGACUCACAGAGAGCAUUAAUGAUGUGAAAGCUGAUCCAAGUGUAGAAAAACGCUCGCCUUUUUGGCGUCGACGUCGCUAUUAUUAUUAUAGACGUCGUCGCUAUUAUUAUUAUAGACGUCGUCGUUUUUGGCAUCGCCGUCGUCGUAGUUGGGGCUAAUAUGGCAAAAACCGUAAGGAUCCUGUGGAAUGUGUAGCGAUGAAUAAGAAACAUUCAUUUGAUUCUAGACGUACUUUAAAUUGGCAUUGUUGUAUGAUUUGCCUGUAGAAAAUAGAUGUUUGCAUUGAUCAUUGACUUUGUGUGUCUUCAUCGUCUUUUUUUAUUUAUUUCAAUAAUAAGAAGUUUCGUUGUUUCUCAACAAUCCUAUAGAAUUACAAUGUCUUUGUGGUUCUGUCAUAUAAAUAAAAAAGUUCUCUCACAUAUCAUAUCAUCUGUGUAGAAAUAAGACGAGUAAGAGUGAGAUUGUCGUCAACAUGUUUGUAUAAAGCAUUUUUUUUAUCGCUACUAUCAAUGAUGUAAUCCAUAGCUCAUUCAGAAAAUUUCUUAAAAAGCUACACUGUAGUUGGCAAAAGCGUUUGGCGUUUUCUUUGCCAGUUAAGGAUUUGUUUUGACUAUAUGAGAUGUCGUUGGUUGUUUCCAUGUAGAAGGCUUUGGAAAAUUAAAUCAAAGCAAUAAAUAAAAAAGAUAUAUAGUACGUUCAUAGGAAGACAUUUAAAGACUUUACCACGCUUUAUACAACGCUAGAUACUUUACGAAGAUAUUAAGUGCCUUUACACAAAUCUGUAAAUUUUCAUCACAUCCGUAAAGUUUUCAUUUGAUUAAAAACAUUCACUUAUGGAGAGAAUAUUUGCACAAAAACAAACAAGAAUCAUAAAGCUUGUCUCGUAGUUUUUACCACUUAUCAAUAAAUUGAUAAAAUACAAUUUAUCUUAUUUAAUGGCGAUUAAAACUUGCUUAUAAUUGAGUUUCUAGAAAUUUUCUAUGUGUGUGAGUUAAUAAGUUGUAUUCAUUCUAGAAUUAAAGGCGUGCCUAUUUUUUUUAAUAUUGUAGAUGCGUCUACAUGAAGUACACCGUUUUUAGCACUGUGCACUUACGCGCGUGAUUCGCGCAUGAUCCACUGUACACUUACGCGCGGGAUUACGCUGCGAAAUUCAAAGAUUGAUAACAAUUGUUGUCGUUUUAUCAUUGUAAAUAAACGUGUCUUUGCCACACUAAACAAAAGAAUUAUCAAAGAAUUGUUGCAUCUUACUUAUUUUUAAAUAAUGUCGAAACGACGACGUGAAACGGAUACGAACAAGCAAUCAUUUCAAGGAGACGACGGUGCUGAUGAAGACACAACAAACCCAGUUGUUUUUGAGAAAUACGCUAAAACAGAUAUUUCCACUGAUGAAACGUUUGUUGAAUACCAGGAUCAAUAUCCAGAGUAUUUCAAGGUUAUCAAAGAGCCCAUUGAUCUUAAAAUGAUAUAUUCCAAUAUAAAAAAUAAUAGAUACACCUCGUUGGAUGACCUUGAAAAAGAUUUGAAUCUUCUUGCGAAAAAUGCACAUGCUUUUAAUGAGCCUGGAUCACAAGUUUAUAAGGAUGCGACUGCUAUCAAAAAGAUUGUUGCUGUAAAAAGAUUGGAAAUCGAGCACAUGCUAUCUGGUGCAAAAUCUAGCAAAAGAUUAAGAUCGAAAAGGUCGACGACGAAAAUGUGUCCGACCAUCAGCGCUUUGCUUUCUGAGUCGGACGAUGAGGAUGAAGAAUUAUUAAAUGACGCCACUCAAUUAAUGGAAGAAGGAGAUGAAAAAGAAGCUGGCAAUGACGAACAAGAUGGUCCGUUUCUUUUGCUUUAUAAUUCCAUUCGUGCAUACGCUGACACCACUGGCCGUGUUUUGAGUGAAGCUUUCAUGAGAUUACCUUCAAAAAGAGCCUAUCCAGAUUAUUAUAAAAUAAUUAAAAAUCCUAUUGGGUUACUAAAAAUUGGAUCCAACGUUAAGAACAAUUAUUAUGAAAGCCUGAACGAGCUUGUUUUGGAAAUACAACAAUGUUUCGAAAAUGCCAAGACUUAUAACGAAACGGAUUCAAUGUUGUAUCAGGAGGAUACUUCACCACAGUCAAGACAUUCAAAUGAGUCAGAAUGCUUUUGUAUGAUUUUCCGUAUUGGUCAAUAUCCAAUAACAGAUAAGGAACUUUUGGACCAAUCAAGCUCUCUAUAAAAAGAGGCCAAAAGCUGUCUUCAAUCAUCAUCCAUCAUACUGCUGUUGGAACCAGACGAAAACAAGAAAAAAGUUCAUCAUGAAAAUAACCUAUCUUGUCAUCGCUCUUGGAUUGCUUUGCACUUUUGCUUACGCUGAAGCGAAACUUGAAGAUGGGGUUAUGAAAG